GCGACUUUUCAAGCACCCACAGAAGUCAUGAAUGAGGCAAACAUGUGAAUCGAAUCUAAACCUUACAAUAAGUUCAUCCAUUUCGAAACAACACAUGCCAGUAUGCAUGGCAUGCUCAGUGUAAACAGAAGCAACAUCUCUUUGAUCCAAUCAAGCAAUUAUUGACCGUUUACAUUUACUGUUGUCGGACUACCUUUGAAACAAAUGAAGGUUACGAGCCCAUGAGAGCAAAGCCGAAGUUUACAACUACCAUCAAUAUCCUCAGCCUGAUGACACAAUUCAUCAAAAUGUCUCUUACUUUUGGCGACAUUUCGGGUUUUCAAAUCCGUCGUAACGUAGUAGCUGAGGUUUCUGCUGAUCCACCUCAGGUGUCAGCACGCAAUCAGAGUUUCCUGAUACAAGUUGAGUCCAGGCAGACUCAGCCAUAUCGGGUCUUCCGAUUCUACAGCAUUGUGGCCCGCGCGUACAUGGGAGACAACGGAAAAGGAUCGAUGCUUUCAGCGAACAAUAGAAAUCCACUAGGGAAAGAGGUUGAAUGGGAGUGGAUUGCAUUUCCAACCUACUCCAAUAUCUUCCUGCGAAACAGGCAAACACGUCGUUAUCUUUGUUUCAACAGCAACGGAAGGCCAACUAUGUUAAGAACCGCACAGAUUCGACGUUGUCUCAUCAAAGUAAACGCCCUUGUGCAGACGGUUAAACACUUGCAGAAAGAGGAAUCUCUUAGAUCAUAUUCAACGGCAACACCGCAUUUUAGGAAUGGGACAUCGAAGAAACCAUCCAGCAUUCAUAUCACAGAAAAGGAUGCAUCCUGGACGAGUUCGGCAAUAGAACUGGGUUCUUUUGCCGCCAAACGUACAAAAACAGUAGUAGUCUCAGCCUUCGACAUCGUAUGGCUAAGCCUCGCUGUACAUUCCCCACGUUGGCGUGUUCGAUUUUGCCGAAACGGAGCACCCUUUGCAUAUAACCGACCCAUACACGAUCGAUGCCAACUUCCACAACUUAGCAGUAUAUCCGAAAUGUUGAUUUUAUGUCCACAAAUACCACAGCCAUGCCGUGUAGCCUGCGUUCCGAAAUCUAUCGAUGGCGUUUACUCGCAUGUGCAGUCAAAACGGAUAUUGCCUACUUGCACUUUUCAUUGUCUACAGGCUUUAUCAUGCAAAAUGAACGCCAAUGUAAACAUUUUCGAUUUUAGUGGCACCAUUGUGAAGAAGAAUACCAUAAAUAGAAGCAGUUUCUGAG